UCUCCUCAGUUGUGGAGCAGUUGAUUGAGGCUAUAGCUGCUACUGGGAGAAAUAAGCCUGGUUUCUGGAAACAAGAUCCACGCAGGAGGCAGCAAAGAAAAACUUUUUAAAAGUAUCUGUCUAUCAAUCUAAAAGGGACUUGCUAUACCAAAUACAACCAGAAUCAAGCGAAGCAGAAGCACCAUGCCAAGAGUACAGAGCCACAUGGAUGAAUGCUUCAGCCACCCAGACGUGUUCCAAAUCUGUACGCAAGAAGUUGAGAGCAGUUGUGGCAGUUCAAAGGUGCAGAAGAUGUGCACUUCUAAGCGGAUACUACUGCUAGCACUCACCUUCUUGGCAUAUGUGGUUGAUUCUGCCUCUGCGUACAGCCAUGCUGAAACCCUUUGUGGUGGAGAGUUGGUGGACACACUGCAGUUUGUCUGUGGAGACAGAGGAUUUUAUUUUAGUCGGCCGGUGGGCAGAAACAGAGGCCGGCUCAACCGUGGCAUAGUGGAGGAGUGCUGUUUCCGGAGUUGCGAUCUUAAUCUAUUGGAAACGUACUGUGCAAAAUCUGUCAAAUCGGAGCGGGACCUCUCAUCAUCUUCUCUUGUAGUCUUACCAGCAUUAAACAAGGAUCCUUUUCAAAAGCCUUCUCAUACCAAGUAUUCAAAAUAUGACAUAUGGCAAAAGAAAAGCUCACAGCGCCUUCAAAGAGGGCUUCCCAACAUCCUCCGUGCCCGCAGGUAUCGAUGGCAGACCGAGGGACUGCAAGAAUCUGAGGAAUCCAAGGUCCAUCGUCCCUUGGUUGCCCUCCCCACCCAGAAGCCACUUCUUGUGCAAACCACCUCAGAAACAACAGACACUCAGAAGUGAACUGUGACAAUUAGCAAAAUGGAUUCUUAAUUUUUUUUUUCAAUGUUAUGGGAGGCAUUCCCAGCUUGGCCCCACCCUUUUCUCUCUCCCAAACCAGGGCAGAGUAGGGGAGGGAAAAUGCCCUUUUACACCAAGGAGCAACAACAAGGGGCAUUGUAACACCAAACAACUGACAUAGAAAGAACAGGAUUACAAUGUUGUCAGCAGCAGCAUUUCUGUGGCAUUGUUCUUAAUUUUAAAAGAAUCUUCUGUUUGUUGGUUUUCUUCAUUUCCUACCCAUUUUUACAGCCUUUACUUAAAAAGGACCGUUAAGGCACUUGAACUAUUUAAUAUUGGGCCACUACCUUUCAACCCAUGUUCAAAACACAGAAGAACAAGAGAAGAUGAUGAAAUUGAAAGAAGCCCAAUGUGUAUUUGUCUUGAUGAUAAAAGCGCAAAAGGGGGUGGGGACAUCUGAGGGUUUUAAAUUCUGGCCUCAUUUCCAUCCAUUUUUUAAAAAGAAUCACAACCACAGUAUGUUUUGGAGGGGUGGGUUGCACAUUUUAAGAAUCAGAGAGGAAAUGAGGCCCAUUACCUUUUUUGUUGUUGUUUAAUUACACAAUUCCAAAUGUAUUUGCACCUUUAAAAUCACCGAGGAAGUGACAGAAAGAAGAAAGUGUGAACAUAGGUUCACUUUAAUGGAGGAGACGUCUGCAUUGCACAUUUGCCACGGAUUUAGUUGAAUAUAUAAAAUAUAUAUUAUAUAUAACUUUUUUUUGGCAGAAAAGCACUAUUUUUAAUGGGACCAUUUUUGUGUAGUAACUGAAGAGAGGUUGUAAUGUUUAAAUGUUGUUAUGGUGCUAAUGUAAGUUGGAAGGGGGGAAACAAACCCAGAAAAUUACAAGAGGGUGGGGUGGGAAGGACAAGAUCUCGAAUACUGAACUUGAAAUUUUUAGCUUUUCGUUUUAGGAAAGUGUGAUAAGUGUGUUCUUUUUUUUCUCUUCUGAAAUAUAGCUUGGUCAUGACCAUAUGAGCUAAUUGCCUUUCACUCAUAUACAAAAUACGCACGCACAUGCAGAAAUACAUAAAUACAACUAUAUACAUUUUAAAUCUACAUUUUUUUCCUUUAAGUCUUUCACACCAUCCUUAAUACCCAGAAUUGGAAGCAUGCCUAUUGUAAAGGCAUAUGCUUUGUGAGUAAUUCCAUUCUACUCCAUGGAACUAUUCACUGUACAUAGAGCAGCCAUUGGCCUUUGCAGGGUGAGAGUCAGCAUCCUUCCACUAACAACAAUCAUUUUUGGUCUCCCUCUGCCGCCUUCUCUCUGACCUGAUGAAAUUCACAUUUCAGAUUAGGCAAGAUUAUACAUGAUGAUUGCUUGAAUGACCUUCCUCAGGAUGAAUUGCUUAAAUGACUGAUCAUUUAAUUAUUUUGCUGCUUCAUUUUACUUGCUUCCUUGUCAAAAAAGGAGGAACAAUUCUGAGAGUUAUCUUAUAAUGGCAGCAACAACAGGUCAUCUACUUAAUACAAAUGAAACAUCCUGCUUUCCCCUCCUAGAGGAAGGAAAAGGUUAGAAUUGUGGCUUGACUUGAGUACUAAAGUUCCAGAGGAGGAGGAGGAUAAUAAUGUAGCAAAUCUAGAGAAAGGUAGAUCAUCUUCAUUGCCUCAAUUCCUGAGAUGGAGGGGAAGUUUAAAAACUCCUUAUCCUAUCCUUUGAGGAUCAAUACAAGGAAUCUGAGCUGAUAUUCAGGGAUGGGAAAGGUUAAAAUUCAGUUCAGUUUGAAGCUCAGGAAUUGGUGGGGGGGCAGAAAGUGAUAAAAAUGAUAUAUAGUCACUUGUCUGAUUGUAAGAAGAGGGGAAACCAAUGCCCCCAUCCUGUAUACUCAAUUGCUUAGAGAAAGGGGGACAUUAAUCAGUUCUGUACCUGCUUUGCCUUAUAUAUCCAAACAUUUAAAAGAACAUAAGAACUACUUGAACUGUAUUUUUUAAAGAAGGGGUAGGUCUUUUUAAUGUAUCCAUUUAAAAAAAAAUUGUUAACUUGCAAUUUUGAGCCAUGAAGCCAUUGGGGUUUUACUUUUCCAUGGUACUGCAAUACACAACUGAGCUCCAAUUAGUUAAAAAUGAGGCGAGAGUAAUAGUUUAAGUUUAAAAAAAAUGAUUGAGGAGGGGGAAAUGAGGAAUUUUUAAAGACUUAUAUUAAGCAGAGCAAAGCUUUGUUAGGAGCUUCUUACUGAAAAACCUGCCAAGUCUUCCCCCUCCCUCCCGCCCCAGCAACUAAAAUAUAUGGUAUGGUAGAAUAUAUAAAGAAUGAGAAUUUUCUUCAAGAUAUAACACUGAUGAAACAGCAAAGGGAAUUUGUCUGGGCUCAGUUUUGUAAUAUUAUUAACAGAACUGAUCCUGAUAUUGCGAAGAAGUAUGUGCUUGCUUUGACGUUCUAGAAUAUUAAUCAAAGUUGAUGGAGUAUCCAUACAGUUAAAAAUACUAUUAAGUGUUUGUCAACCGGGGAAAAUCUCAAUAGCCAAUACCUUAUAGGGAGUGAAUGCUCAACAAAGAACAAGUAUAUGCUUGUAAAUUUGACUUUGGAAUGCUUACAUUUUGGAAGUUGGUUCAGUGUCCUUCUAGCUGUUACAGAAGAACCUAAGUUCAUGGUUCUCUUUUUUUCAGUUUGUGUAAUCACCUUAUUGCCAGAUAGAAACAAUAGUUUUAAGUAUGCUUUGAUUACAUUUACAUUAAAAGUUAAACAAAUAUAGAUUCAAGGCCAUAUUAGUCAGAAUCCUUGGCCCAGAUUCUAUGAUAAUAUAUACCCGGAAGCUUCCAGCUCAGUAUACUUAAGGGUUUUUUUUUUUAAUUAUUCAAGAAAGAACUCACACUGAUUCCUUUCCCUGAAUAUAUCCAGGCCUGAAUUGAGUACAAGAAGUAGAGCUGCAUACAAUUUGUACAAGACAACAGUUAAAACCAUAGAGAAUUGGGUGGUAUUUUGGCUACUUGGCUUUCUUUUUUGCAGGCUUUCAUGUAUUCUUUAAGGCUGCAGUCUUAUGCAUACUUACUACACACAGCUCUAUGUAGCUUGAUCUAGCAUUGGAGUAAAUAUGCAUAGGCUCAGGCAAUGUGCUUUCUGCAAAAUCAUUGCCAACAUGACCAGAAGGGAUUUGUUUUUAGGACUGGAAUAUUCAAAUAGACCCCCGAACACUUGGCUGUUCAAACCAUCUAUGGGCCUUAGAAUUAUCAAGUGGAGAGCAAUUUAAUCAAAUUGGCCUGGCUGAUCUGCAAAAUCUGUACUAAGGCAUGCAAUAUUCAAGUGAGUGGCAGGAAGGGAAUUGUUAUCUUCCAGUCUUGUUGCAGUGAGAAAAGGUGUACAGUACAGUUGAUGGUGUUUCUUUGGCACAUACAUUUUGUAGGAAUCUACAAGGGAGAGAUGGCUAAUACUGCAGUGGAAGAUGUUCUGAGCACAGUCUUCUAGAAGCAAAGUGUCAAAUCCCUUUAUUGGUGUGGCACAAUUAAUUCCUGGGACAUAUAUAAUUUGCAAAUCACUAUUUUUUUUUUAAAGAAGGGGCUUAUAAAACAAAACCUAAUGUUGGAAUCCAUACUGAUCUGUUUUCUUCCACCCCUCAGUGCACAGCCACAGCACUCAAGGGAUGGAGCAUGGUUCCCCCAAACUGGUUCCACUGUCUUACUGUCUCAUAACAGCUUCAUUCAUUUCAUCCUGCCUGACUGCAAAGGCUCAGUCUUUUGGUGAUGGACCUAGCUGCCUCUGCACUAAAUGAAGGGAAGAAUUGUAUUUGUUGUUUUUUAAAAAACUUUUUUUUGUCAUUGUAUGUAUUAUUGUCUGCUCAAGUUUUAUAUGGAGGGGAGGGAGUGGGGAAGGGGAAAUGGGUGUUAAUGUAUCUUGAAAUAUUUCACUUGUGUGCACUCAAUAUGCAAGAGUCAAACUGCCCGGAAUUCUGCACCUAUUGUACUUUUCAUUCGUAAUACAGUAUCAAUAAAGCAAUCAGCUAUAAUGUU